AUUCUCAACAAUACAUCUCUUUAACAAUCGCAACUUCCAAACGACCUAUCCCUAGUCACAAGAUCUCAGCCCAUCUUUAGUGCCUAGCAAAUCCAAUGAGGAGAAUUUUAAUUACGCAGCGAAACUCCACCAAACUGUAACAGACUGGCCCCUUGAGAAAUUGGCAUUAGAUCUAGUCUCGCAGCUGGGGUUGAGUGGAGAGCAUCCGAAUUAUUAAAGUUGGUGGGGAGACGAGAUGACUUGUAAUCACAUUAUCCAUAGCCAUAGGAACCAGAUAUGGUGACCAAGUGGCAGUAUCUCAGUGGAUGAAACGAUCUUCCCCUUAACUUUACCUUCCAAGAUAGAGAUAAUUCUAACUUGCCACCAGCCCUGGAAAAAAAGGAAAAAACCGGCCACACAAAUUGCUCAAAACUCAAAAGCCACACUCCCCAAUUGCAACUUCUGCUGUUUCCAAUUUAUCUGCUUCCACACCCUGAAUCAUGGCUAGCUGCAACAUGGCGUCGGCCGCUUCAGGGUUCGUCUUCACACCUAACGUCACAACAACCUCAAAGACCAGCGGCAGCAGCUUCUUGUUUUUCGCACCCAAGAACAGCAGCAGCGGUUCCCGGCUGCAGCUCGUUGUGAGGGCGGCCGCGGACGAGGGAGCGGCGCCACCUGCUGCUACUGCUACAACUCCAGCUCCUGCUGAGGGUGAAGCCCCUAAGGCUAAGGUCAAGCCGCCACCGAUUGGACCCAAGAGAGGAACCAAGGUGAAGAUUAUGAGGAGGGAAUCCUACUGGUUCAAUGGGAUUGGAUCCGUAGUAGCUGUUGAUCAGGACCCCAAGACUCGCUACCCAGUUGUGGUCCGAUUCGACAAAGUUAACUACGCAAAUGUAUCUACGAACAACUAUGCUUUGGACGAAAUCGAAGAAGUUAAAUGAGCUUCAUACAUGUCGUGAUGGAAUGAUUGUAUUACUAUUAGUGUUGUAUAUUUUUACUUCUUCUCUGCUAUUGUAAUUUUGAACAGUCGGGUGGCUCAAGUCUUUCUUAUUUCUUCGUCUAAAGCUAAACACAGCACAUCCCUUCCACACCUUCUAUUGCGAUGUCAUCAGUCAUCGCACCUUGCCGCCGAAUCACACGUCUGAGCCGACUGUCGUAGUAUUCCCUUUUCCCUUCGUUGCACCUUCGUGCCAUCUUCUUGGUUUUACUUGCAAAAUUUCGGUUCGAAACCUCUUAAACUAGCUAUGUACUGGGAAGUGGAACACUACGUGCUUUCAUCGUUAGGUAUGAACGGGAUUACUUUAUGGAGAUGUAGAGCUUUCAGGUGUUAUUGAUAUUUUGUUCUUGUGUUUAACAGGCUUGGGCUAGGAAUAAAUGCAUACAAAUUACCAAAUUAAACAAAGGGGGCAACUUAAUCCAUGCGCCUGUGAGACCAUGCACAAUAAGAUGACAUGUAACUUCUAACUUCCCGUCAAAUUGAGGCGUGAAAAUCAUAUAACCCAAACUUGGGAAUCAAAUAGGAGAAGUUAGAGAGAUCAACUCCUUGAUCUAUGAUUUCUCUCGAGAUGCCACAAUGUUCAUGCACAAAAGCAAC